AUGGCAUAUGCUAAAAACAAAGGUCUAGCUUUGGCAAAGGGACAUUCUGCUGGUGCAGAAUCCUUAGUUUCGGUUCUUGAAACUGCAUUUAGAGUAGGUAUUACUCAUUGUACAAUCUAUGCCUUCUCAAUUGAAAACUUCAACAGAACUCAAGCAGAAGUAGAUACUUUACUUGGGUUAUUAAGAGAUCGUUUGAAAUUAUUAGCCCAAUACAAUGCAAAUAAGCUCGAUAAACAGUUUAUGAGUUGUUCAGUACGAAUUAUAGGUAACAAAUCAAUGAUUCCAGAAGAUAUAUUAAAGGAUUUGGAAGAAAUCGAAGAAAGUACUGCAAAAUCUCAAACUGGUAAUAUAUUGAAUGUAUGUUUCCCAUAUACAUCCAGAGAUGAUAUAACCCAUUCAAUUAAAUGUAAUAUUGAAUCAAUUCUAAGUGGAGAUUUGGAUUCUCAAUCGAUUUCAUUACAAUCUUUAACAGAUUUUAUGUAUAUGGGACGUGAUUCACCUCCCUUGGAUAUUCUUAUUAGAACCAGUGGCCACAAUAGAUUAAGUGAUUUUAUGCUUUGGCAAGCUAAUAAGUCAUGUACUAUUGAAUUUAUUGAUAUAUUAUGGCCACAAUUUAAGUUUUUACAAUUCAUCUUUGUAUUAUUCAAAUGGAGUUAUUAUAAAACAAUCCAAUUAGAAGCUGAAUCGGUACCAAAGAUAAAGAAAUCCACUAGUAAAUCAAUUAUGUUGAAUGAACUACCACCACAUCCACCAUAUGUUGUAGUUGGUCAGGGAGAAAACAUCAAAUAA